GGGUGGGAGCCCCAGCCCUGGAGAGCCCCUGGAACGGCUUCUCCAGGACCAGUCCAGCUCUUCCCUGCCAGCCCCAGGGAUGGAUUUGCUGCUCCGUACCAUCCGGAGCAGUACCUCAGUUCUGAGCAUAGCUGGGUCAGAACACUGCCGCAGAGAAACGUUUCUAUCAGAGACAAUAAAGACCCGGUUUCCACCUGGAAAUUGCCCAAUUUGACUUGUGAUCCUUGAAAAGCAGCCCAUGGCAUCCCAAUUCUCAGAGCAAUUUAGUCUCUGUUGGAGCCAGCAGCCCUUUGGUACUGGCUUUCCACCUGUAGGAGAUCAGAACAAGCAUUUUAUUCACUCCUUUCCAGCUCUAUCAAACCAGCUGCAUCAAAGGUGUGAGUCAGAUUCUCUACAUCACAAAUGCCUCAGCUAUCCUCUCUCUAAUCCAAGUCCAGGCUUUGUGUCACCUUCUUCCUUCCCUCCUGGUCCUCACCAGCUCUUUCCCCUCCAGCAGCUUCAUAGUCCUUUUCUUCUCCAUGUUUGUGACCAGAGUUCCUCUCUGCCUGGCUCAGAUGUCACUUUGCUUCCCCUGCCCCAUGCCUCUUGCCCACCAUUUCCCUUCCCACUGCUGUCCCCACUGUGCCCUUUUGUUUCUCUGGAUACCAUCUCUGCCAGCCCCAUGGGGGCCAUCAUGUCUCACCACCCUUCCCUCCUGCCCCACACUGAGACCUGCCUCCCCCACAUCACUCCCCUGACCUUUCCAGCCCCCAGCUCACCUCACCUGAUGCCACAGCAGCCCUUCCCAGCACUGGUGGAGGCUUUGUUACACCCUGGGCAUGAGCAGCCCCUCGAUCUACACACUUGUGCUGUGCCCAGGCCAGGGGCAGCGGUGUCAGACGAGCACCCAUGGGAGUGCUUCAGUGCUGACUGGAGCCAAACUGCUUUCUGCAGUCAUGUCUGUGGGGCUGAUGGAAGCACUUCCUUCUCCCCUUGAGCUGUGGUUCACCCUGCAGGGCUCAGGGCUGGGACAUGCCAGGGAUCCAUGCUGCUGCACAGGGCUGAGAGGGGGCUUGGUCCACUGCUGCCAGACGCAUUGUCCAUGAGCUCUCACAGCCAUUCCUUCCCCCCCUUUCCAAAAUGACAGCUGCCCAGGCAAUGCUGUGCCUCAGCAGCUCUUGUGAGAUGGUUUUCUCUUCAGCAGAAUCACAAGCUCAGAUGCCCUGGGGCAGAGAUACUGCAUCCUGACUGGACCUGGGCCUCUGCUUAGAAGAUCCAAAGCACCUCCUGAUGGCUUCUAGGAAGGUCUGGGCCCAGGGACAGGAUCUCCCCCCAGCACCGCCGGCAGCAUGGAGAGCGUGCGUGAGCUCCAAAACCCGCUCCUGGCCAAGCCCAAUGGCCACCUGGGCAACAGCUAUUCCUACCACCAGCACCACAGCCAGGACUACCCCAGCCAUCGCUGCCAGGGGAAACUCUAUUCCUACAUAUUCCAAAACACUGGUGGUGCCAGGACUCACCAGCUGCUGGAUGCCAGUUCCCUGCAGCUGGCUGUUGAGGCUUUGUAUGGCCCCAGCUUCAUCCUCGUGAAGGAUGAGACUGCCCUCAAGGCCAAGGACAGCAAGAUGGAAAGCUGCGAGACCACUUUUACAGAGAGCAAAGAGUCUUCAUCUGAAGCUCCUGAAGGGCAAGAGGCACAAGGGUCCUGCCUGGUAGAGAGUGACAUCCGCAUCCAAACUGUUUCCUAUGAGGUGGAGGAAGAGGAGCUCCAGGAGUAUGAGAGCGACUCCUCCAGCGACAGCGAAAGCGAGGAUCACUUCCUGAUGCUGCCCCCUCGGGACCACUUGGGCUUGGCCCUUUUCUCCAUGCUCUGUUGCUUCUGGCCCCUGGGGAUUGCUGCCUUCUACUUCUCCCAAGGGACCAGCAAAGCUGUCUCCAAAGGAGAUUUUCACCUGGCCAGCUCAGCUUCCCGCCGAGCCCUGUUCCUUGCGGCGCUCUCCAUCACCAUUGGCACGGGAGUGUACAUCGGCGUGGUGGUAGCACUGAUUGCUUAUCUCUCCAAAGGGGGCCACGUGUAGCUGCCACCUGCAUGUCACUGCCAUCCCUGGCCACUGACCCUGCUGGGAUUGAGCUUUCCUGCGGAGCACAGAGCACCGGGGCCUGCGAGGGCUGCUUGCACAGCAGGGCCCAGCAUGGAUGUCCUGCGCAGGUUUCUUCCUCUUGCAGACAAACAGUGGACUCCUGUUCUCCCUGAGGCUGUGGCAUGUGACCAUCUAACAGCAGGGAAUUGAGCACCAGCCUGGCUGCUGGGACAAGGAGGAGCACAUUUGCCCGGUGGAAGAUGUGCAGGAGAGAAACCACACGCUGCUGCUGGGCUGGUGCAACCACCCCAGUCGGGGGCUACAGCUUCCCCUCCCAGCCCCGCAGCUGGGAGAUCCAUCCCUUGCCCAGGCUUGGCCCAUGAAGGGUACACACAGGGAGAAGAGGGGGUAUGGUGCCAGGGAAUGACUGCUGCUUCUCCUGGGAGGCCAGAGUCCUGGUGGGGUCUCCAGACUCCUGUGAUGGGGACAACAUUCCCACUUCAGUGCCACGGGGUGGCUGACCCCUCAGCUGCAGUGAAGUAGGAGGACAGAGCAUGGACAAGACCAACAGGCAUGCUCUCUGCAGACAGACAGACCCCUGAUCCACAGGAGAACAUCCCAAGGAGGAAGGCAGGCUGGUGGCUGCACACCAUCUCUCCUGUUGUUGGCACAAGCUGGUAGAGACAGCAAGGUUUUCCCUGUGUUAAUAGUGACUGCCAUGGUGAUCCCAAGGCAGAGCCCUCAUAAGGUUGCUGUCCCAGAGUGCUGGGCCCUCAAAAGUUUUGUAAUGGAAAUCUCUACCUAAGAAGUGUCCUGGGAGGCGUGCUGGCCUUGAAGAAUUCCACUCCUUGUGCUAGGUCAGGGCCCUGCACAGAAAGAGGGAUGGGAAAAAAAGGCUGACAAAACCUGCAGAAUCUGGGGUGGGAGUGCUGUUUGUGAGGGGAUGAGAUCCAGAGAAGGAGGAGACGUGGAAGGAGCCUGAGACACAGGGUGACCUCAACACACUCCUUCCCAUGCCUUGGAGAGAGGAAUCUCCAUCCAUCCAAAAGCAUCUGGUAACAAGGAAAUACCAAGCACCCCCUGCCAUACAUCUUACUUUUGCUUAUUUGUAUAUUGUCAGCAACACACGAAAUGCUUCAGAAGUGGGUAUGAAGGCAGUGGUUGCCCCAAAGGGCUGGAGCUAAGAAGCCAUGCCUCACCCCCACUCCCCAGCAUCCACCUUUGACCACCCUCCUCUCUCUGGCUCUCCUGUUGCCUCUUUCCCCAUGUGCAGGAGACUGCAGGCAGGCUCUGGGCAUCCCUCACCCCCUUCCCAGAGUUUCUGGGCAGGCUGCAGCCAGCUUUGCAAGAGAUGCAGCAUGUUCCUCCAGCUGGGUGCCAUUCAAAUGUACAUUUCAUCCUAAAGAAGCAUGUUAAUGUCUGCGAUUGCCAUUGUACUUGAGCCAUAAAAGAGAGAAGUGCAUCAGAGACCUGUACAGAAGCUGGUCUGAAAGUUCCCAUUAUGUUUUUUAACAUGGAAGAACUAAUAAAAAAAGCGGGAGAAAAUA